ACGCGGGCCGUUCAGCUGCACUGUGUUGUCGAGCAGAGCGGAGAGUGUUUAUCGCGGAUUUAGCUUUAUAAACUAAAAUUUUUAUGUUUUAGCGGCAUAUUGUUCGACUUUUCAGGUAAUCGUUUGAGCUGAACAUAGGCUGACCAUCAUGGGGGAUGACAGUGAAUGGAUGAAACUUCCCACUGACCAGAAAUGUGAACAUAAGGUUUGGAAAGCGAGAUUAAGCGGCUACACAGAGGCCCUGCAGCAGUUUCAGAGGAUCACGGAUGAGAAGAGUCCAGAGUGGGGGAAAUAUCAAGGACUGAUCAAGAAAUUUGUCACAGACUCAAAUGCAGUAGCACAGCUCAAGGGGCUGGAGGCGGCUCUGGCCUACAUCGAAAAUGCACAUGUGGCGCCUAGGACGGUUGGCGAGGUAGUGUCCGGAGUGGUGUGUAAAGUGUUUAACCAGCCGAAGGCUCGGGCUAAAGAGCUGGGCUCUGAUAUCUGCCUCAUGUACGUCGAGAUCGAGAAAGCUGAGGCUGUUCAGGAGGAGCUUCUCAAAGGUCUGGACAACAAGAACCCCAAAAUCGCCCUCGUCUGUGUGGAAGUCUUGCGCAGAGCAUUGAGUGAGUUUGGAUCGAAGAUUAUCUCACUGAAGCCUGUCGUCAAAGUGUUGUUGAAGCUGUUCGAGUCACGUGAAAAGGCCAUCAGAGACGAGGCCAAGCUGCUGGCUGUGGAAAUUUACAGGUGGAUCAGAGACGCUCUGCGCCCGCCGCUUCAGAACAUCAACUCUGUUUUGUUGAAAGAGCUGGAGGAGGAGUGGGCAAAACUGCCGUCCUCGGCACCAAGACAGACCCGCUUCCUUCGCUCACAGCAGGACCUCCGGGCGAAGUUUGAGCAACAGCAGCUGAACGGAGGAGAGGGCAGUGACGAAGGAGAUGGUGAGGAUUCUGAGGAAGCAGCUCCUGCUGUUGAUGCGUAUGAGCUCCUGGAGGCAGUGGAGAUUCUUUCAAAAUUGCCAAAGGACUUCUACGAAAAGAUUGAGGCAAAGAAGUGGCAGGAGAGGAAGGAGGCUCUAGAAGCUCUGGAGGCUCUGACCAAAAACCCGAAGCUGGAGAGCGGAGAAUAUGGAGAUGUGGUCAAAGCUCUCAACAAGGUCAUCGGUAAAGACACUAACGUCAUGUUGGUGACCAUCGCUGCCAAAUGUGUGGCUGGACUUGCCACUGGCCUCAGGAAGAAGUUUGGCAUUUAUGCUGGUCAUUUGGUGCCGACUAUUUUGGAAAAGUUUAAGGAGAAGAAAGCUCAAGUGGUGCAGGCACUGCAAGAAGCGAUAGACGCUGUGUUUCUCUCUACUACCUUACAAAAUGUAAGUGAAGACGUUUUAGCUGUGAUGGACAACAAGAACCCGUCGAUCAAGCAGCAGGCCUCACUGUUCCUGUCCAGAAGCUUCUGCCAUUGCACCCCCACCACUCUGCCUAAGAGUCUCCUCAAGCCAUUCUGUGUUGCACUGCUGAAGCAAGUGAAUGACUCUGCUCCGGAGGUCCGAGAUGCAGCCUUUGAAGCUUUGGGCACGGCUAUGAAAGUGGUGGGCGAGAGAGCGGUUAACCCUUUCCUGGCUGAUGUAGAUAAACUGAAAGUUGACAAGAUUAAGGAGUGCUCAGAGAAAGUGGAACUGGCUGGAGGAAAGAAACCUGCAGGGACAGGGAAGGAGAAAGCUCCAUCUAAACCUGAGCCACCAGCGGAGGCACCAGCUAAACCCUCUGGACCUGCCAAAAAGACGCCCGCAGCUGCUGCCGCCAAGCCUUCAGCCCCCACUAAGAAGGGAAAACCUGCUGCAUCCAAAGGAGCUGCUCCUGCCAAAGCCAAGAAAACGGAGAGCAAAGAGUUGAACGAGGCGGAGCUCUCGCCUGAGGUGUGUGAGGAGAAAGCGGCUGCGGUCCUCCCAGCUUCUUGUAUGCAGAUGUUGGACAGCGCUAACUGGAAGGAAAGGCUGGCUGCGAUGGAGGAGUUCCAUAAGGCCGUAGAGCAGAUGGACAGCAAAGAGAUGCCCUGCCAGGCUCUCGUCCGCAUGCUGGCCAAAAAACCUGGAUGGAAGGAAACUAACUUCCAGGUGAUGCAGCUGAAACUUCAGGUGGUCUCUGCAGUGGCCCAAAGGGGCUUGUUCUCCAGGACUUCUGCGCUCGCCGUGCUGGAGGCCGUGGUGGAGAAGAUUGGAGAUGUGAAGUGUGGAGUAAGGGCUAAGGAGGCUCUGACCGGUAUUGCAGAGGCCUGCAGCCUCCCAUGGACUGCGGAACAGGUUGUAUCUUUAGCUUUUGGCCAGAAGAACCCAAAGAGCCAGGCAGAAGCACUCAACUGGCUUUCUAAUGCUAUAAAGGAGUUUGGCUUUGCGGGAAUAAAUGUGAAGGCUUUUAUUAAUAAUGUGAAGACGGCCCUGGCGGCCACCAAUCCUGCUGUGAGAACUGCUGCCAUUUCCCUGCUGGCUGUAAUGUACCUGUACAUGGGCGCUCCCCUCCGCAUGUUCUUUGAAGAUGAGAAAGCUGCCCUGCUUUCCCAAAUAGAUGCAGAGUUUGAAAAGAUGAAGGGACAGACUCCACCUGCUCCAAUCAGAGGCUGCUCUAAAACGAGUGGAGGAGAGGAGGCAGAUGAGCAGGAGGAAGAAGCUGAGGCUGGAGAUGAUGUGGUGGAUCUUCUGCCUAGGACUGACAUAAGUGACAAAAUCACAUCUGAGAUGGUGUCGAAAAUCGGCGAUAAGAACUGGAAGUUGAGAAAGGAAGGGCUGGAUGAAGUAGCUGCUGUUCUUUCAGAGGCAAAGUUCAUCAAACCCAGCAUAGGAGAGCUGCCUGUGGCUCUAAAGGCUCGACUUACCGACUCCAAUAAAAUACUGGUCCAGCAGACUCUGUCCAUCCUGCAGCAGAUGGCUACAGCAAUGGGACCAGCUAUAAAACAGCACGUCAAAAGCCUGGGCUUUCCCAUUCUCACUGUACUGGCAGACAGCAAGAACACGGUGCGUGCGGCGGGUUUGGUGACGCUGAAUGCGUGGGUGGAGCAGACUGGAAUGAAGGAGUGGUUGGAGGGGGAGGAGUUAUCAGAGGAGCUGAAGAAGGAGAACCCAUUCCUCAGACAAGAGCUUUUGGGUUGGCUGGCAGUAAAGUUGCCGACUCUGCGCUCCGUUCCCUCCGACCUCCUGCUGUGCCUUCCACACCUGUACUCCUGCCUGGAGGACCGUAACGCUGACGUGCGGAAAAAGGCCCAGGAUGCUCUGCCCAUGUUCAUGAUGCACCUGGGCUACGAUAAGAUGAACAAAGCUGCUGCCAAAUUGAAGCCAGCGUCUAAAGAUCAGGUGGUUGGUUUGUUGGAGAAAGCUCGAGCCUCCGUACCUGCAAAGCCUGCGGCUCCAGCUAAAGCAGCAGCUGCAACCAACAACAGCGUCAAACCUGCAACAGCUGCUACAGCUCCUCCAGUUCCUGCUAAAGCUGCACCGGUGACUGAACAGGUACCAGCAGAAGCCAAGAAGACCAAACCAGCAUCUGCACCCAAAGCCAAGGUUGCAGUGAAGAAGCCCUCCGGAAAAGCUGAGGAGGAUCGAUCUGGCCCCAUCUUCAUGCUGGUGCCCAACAGCAAAGAGCAGCGUGUCAAAGAGGAGAAGAGUCUAAAGGUGCUGAAGUGGAACUUUAUUACCCCUCGGGAGGAGUUUGUUGAUCAGCUGAAGACUCAGAUGGCUCCUUGUGUGGCUAAAUGGCUGAUGGAGGAUCUUUUCCACUCUGACUUCCAGAGACACAUCAAAGCCAUCGGCACCCUGAUGGAGCACUUGGAGGCUGAAGCUGAGGCCACAGUGAGCUGUCUGGACCUGAUCCUGAAGUGGUUUACUCUGCGCUUCUUUGACACCAACACCAGUGUUCUGAUGAAGGCUCUGGAGUACCUGAAGCUCCUCUUCGUCGCCCUCAGUAACCAGGAUUAUCACCUCACUGAGCACGAGGCCACUUCCUUCAUCCCCUACCUGAUCCUGAAGGUGGGUGAGCCGAAGGAUGUUGUGCGUAAAGAUGUGCGCAGCAUCAUCAGCCUGUUGCGGAGGGUUUAUCCCGCCAGCAGAGUUUUCCCGUUCCUCAUGGACGGCACUAAGUCCAAAAACUCUAAACAGAGAGCCGAGUGUCUGGAGGAGCUUGGCUGUCUCGUGGGUUUGUGUGGAAUGUCUGUUUUCCAGCAGACGGCAACAAAGGCUUUGAGAGAGAUCGCUGUUCAUAUCGGCGACCGCGACACAGCUGUACGCAACGCCGCUCUAAACACGGUGGUGGCGGCUUAUAACGUCUGUGGAGAGCAGGUUUACAAGCUCAUUGGCCAGCUGUCUGAUAAAGAUAUGAGCAUGCUGGAGGAGAGGAUUAAGCGCUCUGCGAAGAAACCCUCUACUACGGCUGCACCUACCAGCAAACCUCCAGAGGAGAAGGUAGCUGCGUCUGCCAACGCCAGCGUUCUGAGGAAACCUAGUUCAGACCAAGCUCCGCUCAAACUGAGUGAGAUCCGUAGUCAGAAUGCAGUGGAGCAACAGCAGCAGCAGCAGAGCUCAGCCGUGCCCCGCGAGUUCCAGCUGGACCCGAAUUUCAUAGUGGAUCUGCCUGAGACAAUCAUGCCUGACCUGCUGGUUGUGGAGGCGGCUGACCCCUCGCCUCUCGACGUGCCGGAGUUCAAGUUCAGGUUACCUUCAAUCUCCAGCAGCAGCAGCCACGACGAAUCAGUUUCCAACAUCAAUCUGAUCAUCUCUCAAGUUGCCAGCUCAGAUGCCAAAACCAGUAUUCAGGGCUUAACAAAGAUAGUGGAGAUUUUGCAUCAGGAGAGCCAGUGGAAGCUGAUGUCAGGUCAUGUGGAUGAGUUUAUCGUUGCUACACUCAUGCAGCUCCGCCUGCUGGCCAGCAGGCGCAUGGUAGACGAGAGACUGGACAGACAGCAGCAAGUGGAGAAACUCUACAGCUCGGUCAUUGAAUCCCUCAACUCGCUGGUCUUAGCAGGUAAGCUGGCUCAGGAGACCUCUCCAGGUGUGCUGAAGGAUCUGGUGCAUGCACUCCUGACCCUGAUUUUGGACCCUCAGCACCAGCAGAGCUCAGGGCAGUCUCAGCUCAUCCGCUCUGUUCACAUUGUGCUUUCGGCUCUGUUCAAGACUGCAGACCCCACUAACACACUCAGUGCCUUGCUGAUGCUCCUACAAGAGGCCUAUAGCUCAACUGCCUGCUCACCGGAGUUCUCUGAAAUGGUCAUGAAGUGCCACUGGCGUAUGAUCAAGCUUCUUCCAGAGAAGGUCGAGGCACUCUAUCUGGACCGAAUUCUUCUAGACAUCCACAACUUCAUGAAGCUCUUCCCUAAAGAGAUGCUCAAACAGAAGCCGAAUGAUAUGGCCCACCGCACAGUUAGAACUCUGCUGCAUACCCUCUACAGGCUUGUAGGGUCGAAGAUUAUGGAUCAUUUGAGCCUGAUUGAAAACCGCAGUGAGUCUGAGGUUGAGGCUCAUCUGAAGCGCGCUAUGAAGCACUCCAUCCCACCACCUUCCCAAAUGUCAAAGGACUCUGAGAACAUCAGCAUAGGGAAGGCCCAGCCCCCCACAGAGUCUGUCCAGAGCUCAGUGAAGCCUGCAGCCAGUUCCAGCAGUGAGAGCGUGAAUCCUGCACACUAUCAGGAGAGGCUGAGGGCCCUGAGGCAGCUCUAUGGCCUCGGCAACAACUCUAAGUCUGUAAACGUGGAGAAGUCCACCCUCCCUGCUGCGGACUCUAAGCCUGCCGUCUCCUCCAUGGACAUGCUGCAGUCUCAGCUCGCUAAACUCCGUGAGUCUCGGGAACAGCAGGACACUCAAAACGUCUGUCCUCGCAGUCCAGCCCGCAUUGCCGGUCCUGCUCCUGACCUCAAUGACUUCAAAGCCAGACUAGAAAAGAUUAAGGCAAACCUGCGCUGAUCUUCGCCGGUUUACAAACUUCCUGCUUUUUCUGCACCUUCGUUUGCCACUUCGAACACUCUGCCUACAGCGAUUUCU